UAUUGCGGCAUCGCAGGGUGGGCACACUGUCAGCUGUCAGCUAAUAAUUGGGUCGUCGUCAAAAUUUCUAUUAGUAGCGUUUUUUGUAUAAAAUUUUGGCUGGAAAAAUUAUUGAAGCUGCUAACUUAGAAAGAAAGCUGCAUCAGAGCCAUACAAAACUCGAGUCAGCAGCACAGGGCCUAGCCCAAAACAAAAGAAAUCGCAAAAUUGCAAUUGUAAUUUGACUUAGAGUUAAGGAGGCCUCAGGAUGUCGCACCUUUCAGUUGGCCAGAUGAUAAUGGACGCACAGCGAAUGGCUAGUCGAGUGAAGGAUCUGGACGCCUUGGGGAGCGCGCUUCUGGAGGAGGCGGAAACGAACAAUAGGUUGGUGGAGAGCCUACGACAAUACCAGGACGACAUCGAAUCCCUAAACCGCAUCUCCAAUAACAAAAGCAACGCGGAUAUGGUCAACCGUAUUCAGCAGCAGAACAUAAACAGCUCGGAAAUACUCAAGGAGAACCGUGAGCUAAAAAUUUGCAUUGAGGACUACGAGCGGGCUAUGGAGCUGAUGAUGCAAAAGUACCGCGAACACACAGUCUCCAAGGUUCUGGAUAGUAAGUUCAGCUUUACGGAACUCUAUAACGAGCGAAUGUGGCAGGUGAUUCGCGAGCAACGCGAAAAAAUCAACGAAAUGGCGGCCGUAAUGCAUCGGGCGGCUAGUGUGGAUGACGACGUUGUGCAAAAGGAGCUACAAACCAUUUCGCAACUGCGCAUGGAAAAUGAAACACUGCGCGAGCUUUUACAGAUCUCUAAGCAGUACGGCUCCGCCCAACGACCCAUUCGUGAAAGCGAUCAUCUCCUGGAGGAGAAAGGUGUACAGACAGAUAGCGUGGCAGACGACUCGGCAGAUGAUCUGUCGCUUUCGGGUGCUUCUGUGGAGAACAUGAACAAUAACUCGGUAAUACAGAUGUUUAGCAGUCCGGAAGUCUCGAAGACUGCCAACAGCUCAUUAAACACUGCCCCAGUUCAGAGUCAAAAUCAGAGUCAGAGUCAAAACCAAACACAGCCACAGUCACAGACACCACCUUCACCGGCAGUGGCGUUGGAAACGGCGGAGCAGCCGUUGCCCAAUGAAAACAACAACGGACCUGAAGCCAGUCAAAUCAGUGCACCGCCUCCUGCGACAACGUCAAACGAAUCUGGCGAAGAACCGGUGGCUGCCACCAGCGAAACAUGAUAUGUGGAGACGUUAACCGUUGUUAAUAGGCUUGCUUUUCAUUUCAAUCGCCGCGUUGUACCAUCUUAUCUACUACUCACCCACUCACAAAGGAGCUCACAUAUGCAGGGUGCACUCAUUGGGCGAUUAGCCUGCAUUAGUUCUUAGCGAUUAAUAAUCUCUAAGUUAUUUAUAUAUACGCAUUGCAGCAUCAUGUCUAUACACAUUGCGAACAAUGAAGUUCAUCAUUUAAAACAAGGUAAACACACUCACACAAACCAAUGUAUAAUGUACAAUGUACUCUGUCGAUUUUAUGAUUUCUGAAUAAAUUCCAUAAUAAAUCGAGGAUUGACCAAAAA